AUGUCCAGCACUGAAGAACCUGUUCUGGUGGAAGCUCUGUCCAGUUCCAAGAAAGCAGUUCCUGACAGUUUGGUGAAGCCACCUACAGUCCUUGAUAGAGCUCAGUCAUCAGUGGAUUGGAAAACAGCGCAGGGCUUGGAUUCGGAGAUUUCCCACAUCAAGUCAAAGGAGGGACCAUGCAAAUCAGAGACAUCCAAAAUCCCUCCCGACAUGCAUGUCUACCUGCGAGAAUUGGAGAAGCUUAUAAUUAAAGAUGACAUCCUCUACAGAAUGGUCACUGAUGCCAAGGGUAUAGAACGACAACAGCUGGUCAUCCCCAAACAAUAUCGCAAGGAGGCAAUUCAUGGAGUUCAUGAUCAAGUUGGACAUCCUUGCAGCAACAGCACUUUAUCCCUUGCCCGCCAGAGAUUUUUCUGGCCAUUAAUGGCCACCUCUAUCCAAACUUAUUGUUCAAACUGUGAAAGAUGUAUCAGGAGGAAAGCCAGGAAAGAAACUGCACCACUGGAAGCCAUCUUACCAUCUGUCCCACUUGAACUAGUCUGCAUUGACUAUCUGUCCAUCGAACCAGACAAUGGUGGCUUUGAAAACGUACUGGUGAUCAUGGACCACUUCACAAAGUACGCAAUGGCAGUUCCAACAAAGGAUCAGAAAGCUACCACUGUAGCCAAAGCUUUAUGGGAAAACCUCAUCUGUCACUAUGGUUACCCUCAGCACCUACUGUCGGAUCAAGGACGGGACUUUGAAUCAAAAGUUAUCAAGAAGUUGUGCGAUAUUGCUGGCAUCAAGAAAAUAAGAACGUCACCAUACAACCCAAGGUGCAAUGGUGUGACCGAAAGGAUGAAUCGUACACUCUUGGAUAUGCUCGGCGCUCUCAACCACAGCCAAAAGAAAGACUGGAGAAAAUAUGUUGGACCUCUAGCCCAUGCGUACAACUGCAUUGCACAUGACACCACAGGCUACUCACCAUACUACCUCAUGUUCGGCCGUCAUGCGCACCUACCAGUAGACAUGGUGUUUGGAACAGAUCCUGACAGCAGGACUUCAAAAGGACCUCAACAGUAUGUCAAAGAUCUGUGGGACCGACUCCAGUUUGCAUUCCAUGUGGCCAGGGAGAAUGCCCAAAAGUCAGCAAUUCGCAACAAGGGUUACUAUGACCGAAAGGUUCAUGCAGCAGUAUUGGAACCAGGUGACCGGGUGCUUGUCCGCAACAUUGGGGUCAAAGGAAAACAUAACAUCGCUGACAGAUGGAAGUCGGGAGUCUUCAUUGUUGAACGUCGCCAAGGUGAACUGCCUGUCUAUGUUGUUCGACCAGAAAAUGGAGACGGGCCCUCAAAGACUUACCAUCGCAACCUCUUACUUCCUGUUGGUUCAUUGCCCCUAGAAAUGGAUGAACCAGAAAGAAACCAGUGUCACAGGCGGCCUGUCACCAGAUCCAGAGCCCGAAAUCAUCAACCGGAGAACAUCUUGGAAUCCUCUGAAGAUGAAGUACACACUGUCAAUGUAUGGUAUCCACAGCCUGAACCUAUUGGAGCUGUACCCACUAGCAGCUUGAACCCUGAGGCUCAACCCUUUGAACCACAAGAACAGGCGCUGCCAUACACACAACCUACUGUAGAGGAAGUCCCUGCUAUCCAAGUGGUUCCCGGUAUGCAGAAUGAGGCAACCACUGCAGCACCCCUCACCUGUGAAACGGUUGCAGUGGAAGCCAAAGCUGCUCCAUCAGAACCCAUGGAGAGUGGGGACUCAGGAGAACUACAAGGGAGAGAAGAUGGGCUGCCUGAAGAUCCGGACAAUGAGGAUACAUCGCUCAUCGCUUCUUGUGAUCCGGUAGAAUCAUCUGGUUGUGAGCCAGACCUAUCUGAGAACUCUGUGGACUCUGCUAUAAGUGAUCCAGUUGCCGCUGACGAGCCACUCCAGUCUCUCCCCUGUGAGGAGACUAUUAUCAUGACCUUGCCGGAAGCUCCUCGUAGAUCCCAGCGCCAGCGACGAAGCACUAGGUUCUUUUCCUGGGAUCCAUUUGGGAAGAAGUAUUGUUCAGCUGAAGCAUUGUUUAAUCAUGUAUUUGUAUUUACCAAUUUCAGUUCGGGUGACAAAAUUUCCUUAAAGGGGGGGAGAGUGUAA